AUGCGUUUGUUCCAGUAUGCCAAGCAGAACCCUCUACCGGAGCCGAGCAAAGCACCACGUCGACCCAUGAUGUCUUGGCUGUUCUUCGACGACAAUCAGUACCGGAUCUGGGAACACAAUUUCGAUUUCUUUCUGGGCGAGGAGGAUCACCGUUCUCGAUUAUUCGAGGCCACAAUCGUCGAACAAAACGUUCAGUGGACAACUACGAUAAUGUGUUCCAUGAGAGCAAGACUCACCACGUCAUUCUUGAACGACCCACACAUGGCUAAGUUUACUGGAAGCUCGACGUUCAGAUUCGCGCGGGUCCAAAGCCAACCCCGCCUGAAGCCAUCGAAGCCAAGUUCGAAGUGA